AUGUCCUGUUUGGGAGAGGCCAGCGACAGCGAAACUUUCACCGACGCUCCAGAGGAAUUGAAGGAGGCCAUCAAAAGAGGCGAUAUCGAGACAGUGAUCGAUGCACUGGAUGGCGGGGCAAAUCUCCAACACUGCUAUGCAAAUGGGAUCACACCGCUUCAUUUGGCAGUGCUCCACGAGCAGCUGGAUGUGGUGAAGCUCUUGAUGCAGAGAUCCGCGGACCCGCUGGCCAGAACGACCGAUGAAUGCAAGUUGUCUCCCAUUGACCUCGCACAUGUGCAGAAUCAACAGGACAUCUUGGAUUCACUGUGUGCAGAGAAGCCACUCAUGCCGAUCCAAAGGCGAUUUGCAGGCCCUUGUUGCUUGGUCAUAUUGAUUGCAUUCAAUUCCCUGGUCUUCAUGUGCAUCUAUCGGCAGCCAGGGUUCGAGGCUAGCUGGAACUGCAAGCUUGCGAUUCUGAUCUUAGUAUCCUUGUGCCUCGUCGGUUUAGUCCUCUCCAACAGCUUAGAUCCUGGAGAAGUGACCAAGGAGGAGGUGCACUACUUGAAGGAUUGGAGGAAACGGCCAGAUGCAGAGGUGAAGAUACCACGUGAUCCGACAGAGGACGAGACGUUUUUCUUGUUGGGGGAUUCGGAUGACGCUGAAGAGCCCUUCCGUUGGUGUCGAAGUUGUGAGCUCUGGCGUCCUCCUGGAGUCUCCCAUUGUGCUGAAUGCAGGAGAUGCUUUUGGCGAAUGGAUCACCACUGCUGGAUGAUCGGAAAUUGCGUUGCAAUGCAAAACCAUCGAUUCUUCACACUCAUGGUGCUGUCAGGUUGUAUCGCAUGGGCAACAGCUCUUGUCAAGACUGUUUGGGAUGCGUUCGUCGAGGAGUCUCGCAAGAGUAUGCCGGAGUAUCAGCUAACAGAUGUCGUGCCAGUGCUUUUUGCAGUGUGGUCGCUGUUGGGUUUGUCUUUCCUGGUGCCCUUCUCGAUCUUUCACGUGUCUGCUUUGAUCUGCAACAUCACCAGCAAAAACGCCUGUGGACAUCGCAGACUGAGUUGGCAGAAACGUCGUAUCAAUGACCUUUCUGAGUCUGGUGAGAUCUUCUGUGGGCCCAUGUCGUUACUCGUUUACUCGAAGCAAAGAGGGCGGCAAGGGUGA